ACGUGCACGCGCAUUGUCUGUUUGCAGCCAGUCAGCUUGUCGGUUGGAACAGCAACACGAGCCUUGUGAUUAAUAUUAGUUCAAACGACCAAGUUUUGGCUUAUUACAAUUGUGUUUUUUAGGUUUGUGUGGAUUCGAAUUAAUCUACUGGGGUUGCAGCUGCAGCAGAAGUGGACAGUCGACCCGGGUUAUACCGCUCGCUCGUUUGUGGAGUCGGGAUUGUAAAGCUUUGUAGGCCGCAGUGUCUGAGAUCAACAACAACAACAUGGCCGAUGAUUUGGACAUUGAAGCAAUGCUGGAAGCUCCAUAUAAAAAGACUUGCCUAUAUCUCACCUCUACUCCCAUGAAUUCCAGUGUGAACUGUCAAAAAAAUGAAGGUAGUAAUUGCCCAAUAUAUUGAUGUACUGUGGUACCCUUGGUUGAAAUACAUAGGCAAAAGUAUACAUAGGUACCGCCAGAAUAAAUGCAGUGGGUGCACAUAAGAGCUGGUAUAAACUCUGUGGAGACUGUAUUCAUGUUAUUGUAUGCAUGGUAUUCUUAGCUUCAUAUUUUUAUCAUCAGGAAGUUUACUUUCUAAAUAACUAGAACUAGAUUGCAUGCUUUAUAGUAUAAAUAUAUGGCAGGAAACCACUUAAAAUGUCCCCAGUGCAGAAAUCCUGGAGUUGACAAACACAAGAAAAUCCACAGAGUCUCUUUAUUCUCCAUUCGUCACUUUGAAAAUAAUCUGAAAUGAAUAUACUGUAAAUGUCAUCUCUUUUGGUGAAAAAAGUAUUUAUGCAUGCUGCUGACAUUUAAAAGUAUUUAUAAAUGGUUAUUCUGCGGUUUUAUAAACUGGAAAUGAUGGAGCUCAGCAUAUAAUGUCAUAACGUUCACCGUAAGAUAUAUUUACCUUAUAAACAAUGUAGCCUUUUAACAACUGCAAAAGAACAACUCAACUUUAGAUGGUCUGUGGGAGUCGCUAUUACUAAGCCGUGUGAAUCCCUGUUUGCUUCAGGGCGAGAUGUGUGACUGAGGUGGCAUCGAGCUCUUUCAAUCCACGAAGGCAAAUGGGGUGAAGAUCACUGGAAUGGCAUCCACCACUGGAGCUCGUUUAGUGGCUGGCUGCUAGCGUUGCCACUUUGGGUCUUAGGCUCAGAUAGCCUUGGUACUGAACAUGUUGGGCUGCUUAAUGAAUGAAUGAAUGAAGUGUCUAAAAAAGCAAUGCAAUUUUACAUACCCAGCAUAGCACUAGCACUUGAAUUUUUGGCCGUCUUACACAAGUAAUGCAAGCACUAGUAAGGAAGAAUGACAUUGGCAGCCAUGUGGUUGGUUUCUUUCUAAAGGUUCCCCUUGUAUUUUUCGUCCUCCCACUCAAACCCUGUAAUGAACUCCUAUUUAAUGAUCAUAUCAUAUUCUCUUUUGUUCCCAUCCCUUCUUUAUCCUUACGACUUGAAAUGUUUCGCCGUCCUCCUCAUGCUGUCUUCUAUCGACCCUGCUUAGGAUGACAACAAGUCCUUAAGUACCAAUGGCCACGAGGAGCGGAGUAAGAAGAAAAAGAAGAGCAAAAGUCGCAGCAGAAGCCGCAGUCGGGAAAGGAAGAGAAGCAGGAGUCAUGAUCGCAAGAAGAGUCACGACCGCAGGAGGAGCCGCAGCAAAGAUCGGAAGCGCAGCCGCAGCAGGGAGAGACGCCGCAGCCGUUCCAAGAGCAGGGAGCGUGGUGGUCGCUACAGAGCUCCAUUCCGUAGAAGGUCUAGAAGCUGCAGUCCUUUCAAGAAAGACAAAAGCCCUAUAAGACAGCCCAUUGAUAAUCUCACCCCCGAAGAAAGAGAUGCACGCACAGUGUUCUGCAUGCAGCUGGCAGCAAGAAUCCGACCACGAGACCUGGAAGAAUUCUUCUCUGCAGUGGGAAAAGUGCGAGAUGUGAGAAUCAUCUCUGAUAGAAACUCCAGAAGAUCCAAAGGAAUUGCAUACAUUGAGUUUGUGGAUACCACCUCUGUACCUUUAGCAAUUGGCCUUUCUGGUCAAAGACUUCUCGGAGUACCAAUCAUUGUUCAGGCUUCACAGGCUGAGAAGAACAGAGCAGCUGCGUUGGCCAACAACUUACAGAAGGGCAGUUCUGGACCUAUGAGACUAUAUGUUGGCUCAUUGCAUUUUAACAUCACAGAAGACAUGCUCAGAGGCAUCUUUGAGCCGUUUGGAAGGAUUGAUAGUAUUCAACUGAUGAUGGACAGUGAAACAGGACGAUCAAAAGGAUAUGGCUUUAUCACAUUUGCUGAUGCUGAAUGUGCUAAGAAGGCUCUGGAACAGCUUAAUGGCUUUGAGUUGGCUGGCAGACCAAUGAAAGUGGGACAUGUGACAGAGCGCACUGAUGCCUCAACCGCCAGCUCCUUCCUGGACAAUGAUGAGCUGGAAAGGACCGGCAUUGAUCUGGGAACGACUGGUAGACUUCAGCUGAUGGCCAGACUGGCCGAGGGUACUGGUCUCCAGAUCCCACCUGCUGCUCAACAGGCCCUUCAGAUGAGUGGCUCCAUGGUAGCCAUGGCUGCAGCUACGGCUGCUAUGAACCCUGGAUUGAGUUUUAACAUCAAUGUGCCCACAAACCAAGCUUUGAAUUUACCAUCACAACCAAUUGCAACACACUGUUUCCAACUGUCUAACAUGUUCAAUCCAAACUCAGAAAAUGAUCCUGGUUGGGAAGUUGAGAUUCAGGAUGAUGUCAUUGAAGAGUGCAACAAACACGGUGGAGUCAUACACAUAUACGUGGACAAGAAAUCUGCUGAAGGUAAUGUCUACGUGAAGUGUCCCAGCAUUCCUGCUGCUAUGGCUGCAGUCAGUGCAUUACAUGGACGUUGGUUUGGAGGUAAAAUGAUCACAGCAGCUUAUGUUCCUCUUCCUACAUACCACAACCUUUUCCCAGAGUCAGUGCAGGCAACACAGCUUCUUAUGCCCAGUCGCCGGUGAUCAGUCACCCCUGGAAGACUCAACCUUUUCAGCCUUGCUCUUUUUAACUUUGGACAAAUAAUAACAGUUCUGCAAGCUGUGGCUCAGUUGUUUUGUUUCCUUUUAUGUUGGUUACAAAACCAGUAAGGUUAAACGUUUCACUUGCAUAGUGUCCUUAAAGGUCAUGGACUUUGAGAGAAGUUCAGUGGUGUAAAAGAUGUUUCUUAUGUACAGCCUACUUAUUGAAUUUUGCUUCUUGAUCUUUUAUUGUUCGUACAUAAUUUUUUUCCCCUUCAACAUAUAUUGUCUUUGUGAUAGAUCUGAUUGGCAUGUUUCUCACUCGAGGAAGUGUACAAUAUUGACAGAUACACAAUAUAAAUGGCUUGGAUUUAAACUGCAAUAUUGAUCAGACAUGAAUAUAUUCAACUUUUUAGCUCUAUGAGCUGUGGGAACUAAAUGGCUGACAAAUCUUUUGUUCAUUUAGAGACCAUAAGGUUAAGAAACAUCUUGUUUUUCGAAUCAAGAUUUGAUUUUGAUUUUUGUAAAGUCCUUGAUGAAAGUUCAUUUCAAAUAAAGCCAAGAUAACAAAAAAAA